CGGCACCGUCAAUUCAAUUCUUCACAUUCGGACUUCAUUCUGAAUGCAAUUGUUCACUUCACAUUUCCGUCCCAACUGACAAAAUAUGCCACCCUCAGCAGCUAGGGGAAAGAAACAAGCUUCUAACACAAAGACACAGGACGUCGCUGGGAAGAAACGAAAGGCUAAAUCUGAGGACAUUGUGAAUACUUCUGACCCAAGCACCGGAGAUGAACAAGAGAGCCCUCAGCCUAAGAAAUUGAAACCUGACACAGUAGCUACUUCCGGCUCUAAAGUGUUGGUGGACGCGGAAGGGCAUAGCUAUGUGCCAAUUGGUUCGAAUCGUCGCGCAACUGUUAGCGCCUUCAGAGGCAAAACGUAUGUGCACAUUCGUGAGUUCUACACAGACGCGAGUGGAGAAGAGAAACCAUCAAAGAAAGGGAUAAGCCUUACAGUCGAAAAUUGGGGCGCGCUGAAAGAAAGCACCGGGCUAAUCGACGAGCUCAUCGCCAACCACUCAUAAGUCAGGUCUUGGUUUCUUUCUUGUCACGCCAUCCCUUCUUUUUUUUGAGCAUCAUUGAUUUACGCGUGUAACAGAGCCAUGAGGGCUCUUCUAUCAAGAUAAGUGGACCAGAUAAUUCAAGUCCCAAAGCUGGUAGGUGACCAGCCUCUGGUGCAUAUGAGCUGUG